CUUGCCCUUGCAUUGGAGGAUAUAUUUUUCUAGACUGAGUCUAUUUCUCACGUGGCAUGUAUAUUUUUUUAAAUGGACCAAAGCAUUGUAGAUGCUUUUAGAUAUGGGAUAAAAUGCAUAGCUGCCUGCCAAUUCGGAUUUUUCAGUGUCCACGUGGCAAAAUAUAGACCUGGGCUUGGCUUGUAAAAAAUCUUGAGGAGAAAUCUAAAUCCCCAAAACCAACCAAUCAAUGCAUGCUGAGGUGUACACACUCUAAUCCACAACUCCAUAUAUAAUAAUCUAUGUACCUACCCAACUUCAUCACCAUUGAUUCAUAUUCCUACAAUUAUUACGAAUUAGCAAAUACCGAAAAAGAAAAUCAAGCAAAGAAUGGCAGCUUCAGGAAUCCAACAAUCUGCAUUUGCUGGCCACACUGCUUUGAAGCCACAGAAUGAACUCACCAGAAAAGUGGGCAACCUGGGCGGCGGCCGCAUCAGCAUGAGGCGUACUGUGAAGAGUGCUCCCGAGAGCAUCUGGUAUGGGCCAGACAGGCCCAAGUACUUGGGCCCGUUCUCGGAGCAGACUCCAUCAUACCUCACGGGUGAAUUCCCUGGUGAUUACGGGUGGGACACUGCUGGGCUGUCAGCGGAUCCAGAGACGUUCGCCAAGAACCGUGAGCUUGAAGUGAUCCACUCCCGUUGGGCCAUGCUCGGCGCUUUGGGCUGCGUCUUCCCCGAAAUCCUGUCCAAGAACGGCGUCAAAUUUGGUGAGGCCGUGUGGUUCAAGGCCGGGUCUCAGAUCUUCUCAGAAGGCGGGCUCGACUAUUUGGGCAACCCGAACCUGAUCCAUGCCCAGAGCAUCCUGGCUAUUUGGGCCACCCAGGUUGUUCUCAUGGGCUUUGUUGAAGGGUACAGAGUCGGAGGAGGCCCACUUGGAGAGGGCCUGGACAAGAUCUACCCUGGUGGGGCUUUCGACCCGUUGGGCCUGGCUGAUGACCCGGAGGCCUUUGCCGAGUUGAAGGUUAAGGAGCUCAAGAAUGGGAGGCUGGCUAUGUUCUCCAUGUUUGGCUUCUUUGUGCAGGCCAUUGUCACUGGAAAGGGCCCAAUUGAGAACCUGUAUGACCAUUUGGCUGACCCAGUCGCUAAUAACGCAUGGGCCUAUGCCACCAACUUUGUGCCUGGAAAAUGAGAAAAAAAAACCAACUAUUUUUAAUUAUUUUAUAUGUAAAAGAGAGGGAAUGUGGAGUUACAUGGGAUGUACUGUUUAAUGUACAACGAGAGUGUUCAUUGACGUAUAUGCUUUACUAGUUGUUCAUUUUGAGGGAAAAAUGAGCCCACUAGGGAUAUAAGCUAGGCACAAUUUCCCUGUAGAAUCAAUGUGGGAUAACUCACAAGUGAUACUCCAACACUACAAUACAACCGUCAAUUAACAUAAGCAUCUUUAAGCAGAAAUUUGCACCAGCGACAAUAUUGUUAAGAAAUAUGGAUUUUCCAUGACUCAAGAGAAAGUAUAGGGUUUGAACAAUGACUUAAAUUUUUCAGUAGCAUUUGAACAAACAUAAAAUUAUAAGCAAUUGAACAUAUUCGAAAACCAACCUUCACAGUCACUGCCUUUUUCAGAUGAUGAACUCAGGCUGCACGCCAAAUUACCGGACUUCACUAUGUUUUGCUGAAAGGAAUGCAACAGCACAAUAGAAUGGCUUUUGAAAAAUUUUGGUGUUGAAAAUGAAACUGUAAACAGACAACUUUUAUACAUAAUAAAAAGAUAUAUUACUUUUGAUACAUUUCACGAUAUGUUAGUCAGGAUAUAUGUCUGAGGUUGGCUGUGAGCCAUCAGUUGAAACAUAUUACAUUUUAACUGCUCUCUUGUGUUUGUGUAAUGAGGGCAGAAGUCAUGAGGUGGACGAGUCGGUCGAACUUAUGAAGGAGAAAGGGCUAGUGUGCAAUGAGGCAAUUAUUUAGACCGACUAAAGUUGGUCGAACAUAGUUGUUUUAAAUAGCAACACACACAUAUAGUAGACCAAUUAUUUUAGACCGACUGAAGUUACGAAUGCAAGGAUGAAAUUAUAAUAGUAAGUACCCCGACAACAUAAGGUAGAUCUUGUUGUAGAACCUUGAGUUGUGACUACACGAAUAAUAUUUCUAAGCAUUAGUUUGAGUCUUGUUGGGGUUUGGAGUUUUCUAUAUGACUGGUCUGAGAUGCUGCACUUUUUCUAUAACUUGGAUUGACAUGAAGAGCUUGUCUUGUGGGGUGUUUGGCAGGUUAUUUCAUCAUAUUUUAAAGUUGCAUUAUCUAGGUGUUCUUUCUUGCCAUCAUUUAGAUCUCGAAUAUUGUUACUCC